AUGCCACAAAAGCGAGAUUUCCCCAGCUCAGGCUCUGGACCCUCACCAAAUACCAAGCGCGCCCGAUCCUCGUACGCAGAAGAUGAUCAAGACGACGAGGAGACACAAAACUCGGUGACUCCAUAUGAGCGACCUCGCAACCACCCAGUGUUCGGACAGAAAAGCGCCUUUCCGGGCCUCGAUACCAUCAACGGAGAUGAGCUCUUUUAUGGACCAGCAGAUGAUGGAUUAGAGUAUUUAAGAAUGGUCCGUUCUGAAGCCAGCUCCCUACCUACCCUUUUCAACGCACCCGUCGCGACAGAACCGUUGGCAGAAUCGGCCGAAGUGACGAAAAUAACAACCGAAGAACAAGAUGAAGCUCCUCAAGAGGAGAUCGUAAAGGAGGAAACCACGACUGCGAAGCGCAUCCCAGUGGGAUUUUAUUCCGAUGGCGUUUACAUCAGCCGGGCGAUAACAAAACCGAUCGUCGAUGAGUCGUUUUCGGAAGCUCAAGCCAGUUAUUACAACCUCCUACACCACCGGUUCCUUCUCCUACGAUCGAUUCUGAAAUGCACACCGCCGUCCGAAGCCAUCUCCGCGCUUGACGACAAGCACCCCAUCAGCUUCCCCCGGUCGUCAAAAAAUGCCCAGAAGGAGUGGAGGCGCUUGCUGCUCCAGGUUGACCCCCAAACAGUGCAACUUGCAUGCAUGGAUAUGGAUAGUGUCCUGGGAGUGCUGGUGAUCGUGGCGCGACUUAUGUCAGAGAAUGUGCGCAACGGGGAUGCGGUAUUGGUUCGACGCAUCGGAGCCUGGGCUUGGGGACUUUUAGGGAAGUGCCGAGAUGCUGGACAGCUUGGGGCUCGGGAUAUUGGUGAUAUUCGGGAGCUGGGGAAACGGGCCGUGAGAAUCUUGCAGAAAAUACGUGAAGAACAGGAGGUCCAAAACGAGGAGGAAGAGGAGGACGGUUACGAGUCUGGCGUUGACGAUGAUCGGGGUGAGCAUGAUUUGCCAAACGAGAACGGGGAUGAGCCUAUAAAUACUGUCAUUUCGGACCCCGAUCAACCCGAUACGGAGAAGGGGACUGGCGCGGAGGAACUGGAGCAGGCAAAAGCACGGCUCGAAGCGCGGAUCGCAGCGAGCAGUGUCGAACCAAUACCCCAAGAAGAAAAGGAAGCCGAGGCUGAAUUCGAGGACGAAGGUAUAGAUAUUGAUGUGGAGACGCAGACUCGCGCAAUGUUGGAUAUGGUCAUCACGAUAAUCGGAGAACACUAUGGGCAGCGCGAUUUGUUAGAGGCGCGGGAAUUAUGGACUGAGGGAGGACCGAAGUUUAUCUAA